AAUAAAUAAUCCGAGAGAAAGAGAAAAAAAUGUAAGUUACCAAAAAGGCAAACGGGUUGCAUUGGUGAUUUUAAAGGACAUUUUGACAAAUAAAAUAGAAAAUAUGUUAAAUAUCAUAAUCAACUUAUUUUUUAGUUAGAUAAUGAAUUAUAAUUUUUUUGUUGAUUACAGAGUGCAGUUUCCCAAAUUUUUUAACAAAAUCAGUUUAUAAAAAAAAUAUUUUGUGGGUUGGUGAGAACCCGCGAUCGACUAACUCGUAUGUGUUUUGCAUAAAAUAGAUUAGAUCUGCAUCUGCGAUUUAUUUUGUUCUUAUCGUUCGAUUUGAACCUGCCCUGCAGUGAAUCAAACGGGACGGAGCCGACGUAUUAUGAUUAAAAUUUCCAGACCUCAUCAAAAAUUAAAAUUUACAUUAGCUGAAACCAAGAUAUGGCAAAUAAUAAUUAAAAGAAAAAGAUAUGGUCAAUAAAAACGAUAAAUCUAAGUAAAACUAUAAAAUAUUUAAAAACUUGCCGUUAAAAGAGAAAACUUCAAGACAAUUUUAUAGUUCCUACUAGACUACUAUAACAUAUGUGAAAUAGUUCCUACUAUAAGUUAUUAUUAAUGCUAUUUUCAACUAUACGAUCACAAUCUAUAGUCUCUUCUUAGUUAGCCAUGCGUAAGAUCUAAUUAGAGAAAACUUCAACAUACUUAUAUAAAUAUAUUUUUAUGUUUGAUUUACUUAUGAAAAUAGAAAUAUAAACAAGUUAUCUUACAAUGAUUUAAGAAAAUGCAUAUUUGUUUUUUGUUCAUUAGAAAAAAAUGAAUAACAAACCAAACAACGUUAAAUAGUUAUUUUUAUUUUAAUAUUUGAUACUUAUUUUAUAUUUGCAAGUAAUUUAAAUAGAUUCUUAGUACUUGAUUUGGUCAAACCAGGUAUCCAAUUUUUACGAGUAAAGUACCAAGUAGCGAGUAUGGAAUAGGUAAGAGUAAUUGUGUCAAUUCCUAAUUAAAUGAUGUUAAAUGUAUAUCUGUAGAAACUUUAAAAUAUUUUUCAAUUUGUUGGAAAGGUGACAAACUCAAGACAAUUUUAUAGCUCCUACUAGCUAGGUACUAGAAAAGAUAGUUCAAAUUUGAAUAGAUUAUUAGUUUCCCCUUAGAAACUAUAAAAAAAAUAUUUAGUCUAACUUCUUAUUUUGACCAUUAAUAAGAUCAAAUAUGAAGGUUUUAAGUCAUUACCAAUACCAUCAAUCUUCCAACAUUUUUCCUCAAAAGAGCCUCGCAUACAAACUAGACUUAAUUAAGUACUCACUGCAAAUAAGCGUAAGACAAUUAUGUCUUCGUCAAUUCAACAAAACCCAUCUUCCCAAAAUAUGAAAGAUGAAGAUUUGUUGCAAAUUCCUGGUUGCAUAGUCCAUCUCGCCAAUGCAUCCGAACCGUUAGAGCUCGCCUCCGGGGAGUUCAAGCUUGUAAGAGAUUCAUCAGACGACAACGUGGCUCUAGCGCUACUUGUCAGAGUCGGACUUGAACUUCAGUGGCCGGUGGUUAAGGACGAGCCCAUGGUUAAAGUCAGCGCUCAUGACUACCUCUUCACACUUCCGGAUAAAGACGGUGAUUCACUUGGGUACAAAGUCACUUUCUCUGACGAAGAGGGAGGCGUCUUUAAAAAACUUGAGAUUCUUGAAGAGUUAAUGAGGGAGCACUCUUGUUUUUCAUCUUUGAGUAAGAAUAAAAAUGAAAUUGAUUGGAAAGAGUUUUCGCCGAAGGCUGAAGAAUACAAAAACGUUGUGGCCAAGGCCAUUGCCGAAGGAACAGGGCAUAUCAUCAAAGGAAUCUUUAUUUGUAGCAAUUCUUUCUCUAAGAUGGUCUGCCUCAUAUGCAUAACUCCUUCCUUCCCAUGAUUCUUAUGUAAAUAUAAAUCGAAAUGGUUUGUUAUUGUGAAGAAUCAUGAACAUUUAACUCAAAAUUUUUUUUUUUU